GUCUUUUUUCUUACUUUCGCCAAGUAAGACAUUUCAUCAAACAGUCCACGUGCAGUGGACUUUACCUGGACCUGGCCCAAAAGGGUUUCCAUUCUGUAGCCCAUUGUGAAUUCCAUGUAGUACCCCCACUGAGCCACAAAGCUGGAGAGCAAUCCCGUCGGUGCUGUCGCGAGAGAGCGAGAACAUGGAGAAGAGAAAAGAGGAAGAGCAAGCACGUGAGGCCGCCACGCUCAACAACUCACCGAAGCCAUCAGUGCUCGUGGCUGUGAGAAUGCAUCGCACAAAAUUGGGGUUUACUUUGCAAGGGGUGAGAAAAAAAAAAAAAAAAAGUUUGGAGAAUUCGAAUUAGCAACGGCCAGUUUUCAGCACAAAGCUUAUCUUUCCCUAAAAUGUCGGAUUACCGACUACGGAUAUGUUACGAAAUACAGGGAAAAAAAUUUGCACGCCAAUACAACCGCUAGUUUUUUAAAAAAAGUGUUUUCCCUAAAAUUUCGGCUUACGUGCCUUUAUAGAAGCUUGGUCCGUAAGGUUCGGAUUGGAAAAUCUUUCCAAUAAUACCCCUCUUCCCUGUAUAUAUAUGUACGUACCUCCAGUUGGUGCCAAAACUCCGAUCCUUCUUAUUGUCAUUGAAACGCUCUUUCUCACUUUCUCUGAAAACACUCUCUCUCUUUGGUGCGGUCGGCCUCUCUCGCUCUCUCAGUGAUCGGCUCCUCUCACUGUCUCAGGUUUGCUUGCCCGCCUAUGGAACUCCAAGUUUUGCUAGGGUUUUAUUUUCUUAGGUUUUUAUAUUUAGGGUUUGCUUGUCCUGUGAUAUUUUCUAUCUGCAAUAAACUUGCGGAAACGCCGAACCCCUUGAUUGUGCGCCGUUAACAGAUCUUUUUUUAUUCUCGGGUUGAUCGGAAUUUAGGGAAAAAUUAGUCAGUUAUUAUGUAUCCUUUUAUGGGGUUUGGAGUUUUCUAGAUAUGUAAGGUUUACUCUGUCUGUUUGAUCGGAGUUUCGAAAUUUUCGAGGAAGGGUUUGAUGAAAUCUGCGAAAUUAAACCCUAAAACUUGAAAUGGAUCAAUUAGGGCUUUAUUCCAGAGGCGUUUACUCAGUUUGAUUGGACUUUGGAAAGUUGGGAAAGUUUUCAGCUCUAACGUUUACUGCCUGUUUGAUCGGAGUUUCGAAAUUUUCAAGGUAGGGUUUGACGAAAUCUGGGAAAUUAAGCCCUAAAACUUGAAGUGGAUCAAUUAGGGCUUUAUUCCAGAGGGGUUUACUCAGUUUGAUUGGACUUUGGAGAAAAUUUUCAGCUCAAGGAUUUGUUUAAGCUCGGGAUAUGAAACCCUAAGCGUGAAAUUAUGAAGGAUAUUGGUUUUACUUUCUUCAAUAAUAUCUUUUGAGUUUGCCCAAUUUGGUGAAUGCGGAUUUGAGGGGUUUUACUGAACUGAAGGCCGCUGAUUGAUUUUGAUCUUCUGCGGAGGACUUCUAUGUGAAUCAGUUUUCUCAGUCUGCUGAUUGUUUUGGAUCUUCUGCAAUGGAAGACACAUAUUUGUUUUGUUUUGAAUCGCAACUAUGUGGAUCAGUUUGUUCAUUCUUUCGUUUCAUGUAUUUUUGUUUCAUAGAUGGACGUCAAGACAGCAAGAAAGCCUUAUGUUUUUGAUCGCCUGGGAAGAAAACCUUCAGAUAUUUCUCACAACAAAUCUGUUUGCAUCUUCUGGCGUAAUGGUAAAUGCCUCAGGAACCCAUGUAGGUUCCUUCACAGUGAACUACCAGUCACAUGUGCAAAGAAAGGGUCCUACUUGGAGUCAUCUAAUCAGAAGGAUCUCCCUACAAAGAACUCCAAUUAUAUUAGGACCAAGAACAAAUUGGUUUUGAAAAGGUUCUUGGAAACUACUGUUGAAAAUUCCCGAGAAGAUGCUGGUUCUAAAGACUGCAAAAGGGGAACUUCUAAGAACUUAGCUUUGAAGAAUGAGGAGAGUGGUUCCAACAGUACAGAAGAUGUUCUUACGAAAUCUGAAGAUGUUCUUACGAAAUCUGAAGAUGUUCUUAAGAAAUCUGAAGAUGUUCUUAAGCAAAAUGUUUGUCAAUCCUGGGUGCAUGGCAACUGCAUAGAUGGCAAUAAGUGUCAGUCUCUGCAUUCCUGGUUUCAUGCGGAUGGGUUAUCGAUCUUGGCUCGGCUUCAAGGGCACACAAAGGCAGUCACAGGGAUUGCACUUCCUGAAAAAAACAACAAGCUUUACACAGGCAGCAGUGACAGAACAGUUCGGAUUUGGGAUUGUCAUACAGGACAAUGUGCUCAAGUCAUUGAACUCGGUGCCGAUAUAGGAUCAAUGAUUAGUGAAGCUGUUUGGGUGUUCAUUGGCAUGCCUAAUGUUGUUAAGGCAUUGAACACUGAGUUAGGUGCCGAAUAUGAUCUCAAUGGACCGAUUGGUCAAGUGUACGCCAUGGCAACAACUGAUGAUAUUACGCUUUUUGCUGGAGGCCAGGAUGGUGUUAUUUUAGCGUGGAAGUGCACUACUGAAACUAAUUCCCCUUUCCAACCCAUCGCAUCUCUUAAAGGACACACAUCAGACGUAGUAUCUUUAACUGUUGGACGCGAGCGGUUGUAUUCAGGUUCUAAGGACCACACAAUAAGGGUUUGGGAUCAUAAAACUUUAGAGUGUGUUAUGACACUGGAUGGUCAUGCCGAUACUGUGACGUCCCUUAUUUGUUGGGAGGAUUAUCUGUUAUCCGGUUCUUUGGACCGGACAGUAAAGGCUUGGGCUAUGAAUGAAGAGGGCCACGUGGAAGCAAUCUAUACACACGUUGAGGAACACGGUGUUGUUGCUUUCUGCGGGAUGAGGGAUGGGAAUGGCAAACCAACCUUGUAUUGCUCUUGUAAUAACAAUUCUGUCCAGUUGUAUGAAAUGCCAUCAUUCGAUGAUGGGGGCAGAUUAUUUGCCAAACAAGAAGUUAAAGUUAUCCUACAUGGUCCAAAGGGACUCGGACUUUUUUUUACUGGGGAUCAAACUGGUUUGGUCACGGCGUGGAGGUGGUUACCAAAAUCCAAGGAGUAGCAGCAGAUUUGCUGUCUUUUUGUUUGAACAGUUACUCAUUAGUUGAUUAAAUGUACAAAAUUUUGUAAUAACCCUUUUACGAUGAGGAAUAUAAUAUAAUAGAAUUGUAUUUUUCUUCUA